AUGGCUGCUUCUGCAAAAACUCUCAUUUGUGAAAAGGCCAACCCAACUGAAGAGUGGACAAUUGUUUUACCUCGUCGUGGCAGACAGAGAAGGUAUUUACCCAAAGUUAUCACACCAAAACAACAAGAAGAACAAUCAUGGGCUCCGGUUGAUCUUGAAACCAAUCCUGAAAGAGAAUUAAAAUUGAUGCAGAAGAUGCAACUCUGUAUUCAGAAACUGGAGAACUCUCCGUUCUUCCAUACACUUUUGGAUCAAAUCCUUACUCCCGAAAAUUUGGAUCGCUUUUUUAAGGUUUUAGGCGAAGAAUUAAAUAUGCAGAUGGUGAUAUAUGGUUUAGGUAGCAUUGAAUCAUUUGAGCCCCCUCGUUUGCAGCUUAGCCUCGCAAUUGUGCUGAAGCGAAAGUUCAGUUGGAUUGGGGACAUUGAGGUGUUUGAUCCGAUUAUUUCAUUGACAGAAGCUAGGGUUUUGGAAGCUCUCGGCUGUUCUGUUCUAUUAGUCAAUGAACAUGGGCGACGACAAGCUUUGAGACCAAUGCUGUUCUUCAUGCCACACUGUGAGGCAGAGUUGUAUGACAAUCUGCUGCAUGCCAAUUGGAGAGUCGAUCUGUUGAAUCGCAUAGUGCUGUUUGGGAACAGCUUUGAGGCAUAUGAACAACAAAUGUCAAUGUUCAGAAACUCAACUGUUGCUGAUUCAAGGAAGCACAUCUUGGCUUCUAGGAGGUUAACAAAAGAGCUUGGAAUUAAUACCUCUUCAGACGAUUUUUUUCGAGCUUUUCAUGGUUCGGGUUGGCAUUUUUUUACCGUCGGUCAUGAGGCAGACCUUCAUCCUGUUGGAGUAUGAUUGAAUUUAUAAAGGAGAGCAAGCAACUGCAUGAAGUUUGAGACCUAUUUUUUUGUUUAUGAUAUUGAAGGAAAUGAUUCUAUUUCUGCUUCAAAAACUCAAUUAUGUGCGUGCGUUUGCAUCUGUAUCCGUAGUUUGUCCCCUUUCACCCUAUAACAACUUCUGCACAUCAUGCUCAAUUACCAGUUUGAGGAAUGAUUUCGUUUAAUACCCCUUUAUGCAUUUGUGAUCUUGUUGAUACCCCUGUCCCUAAACUAGUGUUUUACAUCUCUUCAUUUUUACAUCUUCUCAUUGUACUAUCUAGGUUCAGUGAUAGAGUUUUUUUAAUAGUUUUCUAGCAAG